AUGAAAGCUGCUUCACAAGAAGAUCAAAACGAAUCAACUGCAUUAGAAAUCAAUAAAAGUUUUAUUAAAAUAAGUGCUCAAGAUUUAGUUGAUAUUUAUGAAAAAAUUAGUUAGCAAAAAGAUUUAAUUUCUUUAAAAUUAGAACUUGUAAAUUGCCAAUUACAAAACGAUAAUUUAAAUAGAUUAACUGAACAUAUAGUAUAAAAUGUAAAUCUACAAAAGUUACAAUUAUAUUUAGGAUGUAAUUAAAUCUAAACCUAAGGGAUUUAUAAUAUGAGCUAAUAAGUUGCUGACCUCAUUAAUCUAAAAUAUCUAGUUCUUUCCUUUGGAAAUUGUUAAAUUGGAUCUCUUGGGUUUUUACAUAUAGCUUAUGCUAUUUCGAAGUUAACAAAUAUAAAGAUAUUAAGGGUAUACCUUUGGAAAUGUACACUAAAGAAUGAUUAUAUGAACUAAAUAGCUGAGUAAAUUUAAUGUUGGAAAAAUAUUCUAUAUUUAAGUCUUGAUUUAAGUAACAAUAGAUUAAACAACGAAGGAGUAAUAGCUAUUGCAUAAUCUUUAAGUAAAUUAGAAAACUUAAAAAGUCUAUUACUAAACAUGGAAUAUAACUUUUAUGACUCUUUUGGAUGUUUUGAAAUUGUUAAGUAUUUAAAGUUACUAAAAAAUUUACUCUACCUGAAUUUGAAUUUAUUGUCUCUUACUAUCAAUAGUUAGUCUAUAUAACUUAUUCAGUAAAGUUGUAAAAAAAUGAAGAAAUUGGUUUUCUUUCGAUGA